CAGCCUCGUGUUAUUCUUGGGGUCCUCACAUCACAGCACAGUUAGCUGUUGCCUUCCUGUUAGCUGUGUUUCAGUCAUGUUAGUGUACCAAAGUGUUGCUUACUUACAUCAGAAUAUUGCGUGUCCUUUGUAAAUAUCUCCAGAGGUUUUAAGCCCAGACAGUUUGUAUUUGUGCUACAAUCACGCAGAGUCCCGCGGCUGUAAGGACAUGUGGUCCUCGUGCCGCCUCGUCCUUCACGAGCUGUUCAGGGUCCAGCCGGGAAUCCUUGUCAGGAGUCUGUCCCUCACCCAUGCACAGCACACUGUUGUGGUGGAGCGUUGGUGGCAGGUGCCCUUGUCUAAAAGAGGUAGUCCACCAAGACUUCAUCCUCGAAGACACAGGAUCUACAAACUGGUGGAGGACACAAAGCACCAGCCGAAAGAGAAGAUGGAGCUUAUCCUGACCCAGACCGUGCAGAAGCUUGGUGGAAGAGGGGAUACAGUGUUUGUGAAGAAGUCUGUUGGUCGUAAUAAGUUGCUAGCACAAGGUCUUGCAGUGUAUGCAUCACCAGAAAACAAAGAGAUGUUUGCUGAGGAGCUAACGCUGCGACAACAAGGGAAGUCAGAAGAAAAUUUGCAAACUCGAACAGGACAAAUGACUGUCGAUUUUCUUAAACGUAUAAAUUUAAAUAUAAACCAAAUGCCGACAGAGGAUUUCCAAGUCACCAAAGAAGUAGUCUGCAGACAGUUUCAGAAGAAGUUUUUAUUGAUUGUGCCACCACAUGCACUAACCCUCCAACAAGAACCAAUUAAGGAAUUGGGAGACUACUGGUGCGAAGUGACGGUGAAUAGAGUGGACACUGUGCGAGUCCCUCUAUCCAUUGUACCAUAUGAAGACCUUUCUGCCAGUUAUCAGAAGCUAAAAGCCAAGAGACUACAGCAGGCAGAGUCGACCAACACUGAACCUGGUUCUGAAGAGGACAAUGAUUUAAAGACUGUCCCAUCUGAUUUGGACUCAGCUAAUGAAGCCCCUGAAGUGACAACAGUGCCAUCAAGUGACAGCCCCAAGAAAGAAUAAUGGGCUUCAAAAAACAAGAAUCUAUAAUUGGACACAAGUAGAAAUGUAUCAUAAUGUAGCCAAUAAAACAUACUUGUCAAAAAAUACUCUUAAAUGAAGCAAAGGCUCUUCAAAUAUUUAUUUUUGCAACAAUAAUAAACUCAAUUCUCAAAUGUU